AUGGUGCUUUUUGGAACAUGCUGGAUUGCAGAUAUUGACUCUAUCGACGAAUUCACUACUGGAUUCAGAAAAUUACUAAAACCAUUGAAUACAAGAAAUAAUGUAAUGAAUCACCAAGAUAAGUUUUCCCUUACUGAUGAUCAACAGAGUUUAAUAGAAAUAUGGGACUCUUUGACAAAAUAA